UGGACAUCAGUUUGUUGGUCAAAAAGGCAAUGCCGCUAUUUGCAAAGUUUUCAAACUUUGAAUGCGUUUAACUGCACCCGAGCACAAGGGGAUGUCCAAAUCGGACGACAAGGCGAAUGUGCUUUCGAAAGCUUUAAUAAGAUGGCUUCGUGAGGCUAUGGCCCGCAGCUUCACCUGUGGACUUUACUCGUCUACGUUCCCUUUGCUCAGCCGCAUCUCAGGAGCGCCAGUCUUCCGAGCUAGUCACCCCUGUCUUCACCUCCCGCAUCAGCAACUGCGUUGUUAAGAUGUUCGACUCACCAGAUUGGGUGUUCUCCGCGUUCGCUUUUCUCGGAUUCAUGUGCUGCAUGAUUCCGCUUCCCUGGCAUUUCGAAGCAUGGAACACUGGAACCUGUCUUUAUAUGAUCUGGACUGGCCUAGCAUCGAAUGUCAUUAACUGGGCUCCUGUGUGGUGCGACAUCUCCACCAAAUUUAUGAUCGGCUCCUCCAUUGCCAUUCCUGCAUGCUCGCUCUGCAUCAACCGUCGUCUCUACCACAUUGCGUCAGUUUCCUCGGUCACGAAAACAAGAGCUCAGAAGAGGCGUGAUAUCAUGACCGAUCUGGCCAUUGGUGUUGGUAUCCCCGUUCUCGAGAUGAUUCUGCAAUAUAUUGUGCAAGGACAUCGAUUCAACAUUUUCGAGGAAAUCGGAUGUUAUCCGGCUACAUUUAACACCCCUCCUGCAUAUGCACUGGUGUUUGUGUGGCCCGUGGUCAUUGGGUGCUUCUCCGCUUAUUACUGCAUCCGCACUAUUAUCGAACUAGCCCAGCGUAGGGCGCAAUUCAUGGAGCUUCUUUGUGCGAACAAGAACCUGAGUGCCAACCGUUACUUCCGCCUCAUGGGUCUUGCUGGCAUCGAAGUGUUAUGCACGCUCCCUCUGGGUGCCUAUACCAUCUACCUCAAUGUUACUGCCCAACAAAUCAACCCCUGGGUCAGUUGGGCAAACACGCACUACGAUUUCUCCCGUGUCGACCAGUAUCCAUCAGUAAUAUGGCGGAUGAGCGCCCCAACGGUCUUGUCAAUCGAGCUCAGCCGAUGGCUCGUCGUGGUCUGCGCAUUGGUGUUCUUCGCUUUCUUCGGAUUCGCCGAUGAGGCCAGGAAGAACUACCGCCUUGCCUAUGUUUCGGUUGCGAAGCGCGUAGGCGUUUCGACCGGAAAUAUGUCGUCUGGAGGUUCUUGGACCGCCAACGGCUCGAAAUCCGAGAUGGGAUACAACAGCCGCACUGGUACAAUGCCUGUGUUCGUUACCCAACGUACCGAACGGAAGCGCGAUUCUUUCACUUCAUUCUCCACCGACAUUUCCAUUGGCGAGUUCAACAUCGCAUUCGACGAAGCCAAGGAAAUACCAUACUCGCUAACAGACAGUAUCACGGGUUCGAUAUCAAAGGAAUCGCUCCCAAGCACGCCUAUUGAUGGACAGGCAGUUCCCCUACCAGACCUACCUGUUCUUGCGCGUCCUAGCCCUACGCUCGACAUCCACUCAGUUCCCCGUCUCAUCGCUGAUUCACCUGAAUCACCACGCAGUUCGAUCGAUAUCGUCUGAUCUAAAUCCACAAAAAAAAUUACUUUCUUGCUUUCUGCUUUGUUUUGCAUGGUUGUUCUAUUGUAUUGUUAGCUCUUUCACUCCCUGGAAUAUGGACGUGGCCACUCGUUAUUCAUCAGUUUGGAUACCUGCCACUAUCAACUACCUUAUCAGUAUUUGUAUUGAAAUCGGUUAUCUAGACAUUGUAGCAUUUUGCGUAGGUCGGACGAAUAGAUCAUUUUCAAAUGAGGUGGAA